CACCCGCCUUCGUUCGUGCCUCCGCUCUGCCGAAAUGAAGCCCCCGCCCCCACGCCACACUGCCGCUGGCCGCGCCCGCGGCUUCCCCGACCCCGCGCGGCUCGCCCCCACCCUUGCCCCUGCUGCUGCACUGCACGAAGACCAUCCCACUGUUGCUGGCGCCAACGGGCUCCACCACGGGGCCUCGCCGCCGUUUUGCCCCGGUGAGCAACAGCAGCAGCCGGUUCCUCCCUGCUCUCCAUUCACUUCGCUUACAAAUACAAGCGUUGAUCUGAUGGACGAAUUCACAAUAGAAAUAGACGUUCAGUCAUACUUGACAAUUUUAGACGGCAGAAAAUUGUAUCGAAAGGGCCAGACAUGGGAGUUUGUGGCUGGUCGGGACUUGUCCGUGGCACAGAUAAGGACAGCUGUGGAGGAGAAAUUCCAGUGGUCUGCCAAUCAGAGAAUGACCAUUUUGUAUGGAUCUAAUGAUGGUACUGUUCCUUUGAUUUCUGAAUCAGAAAUAGUAGAAUUGUUUGAAAUGUCCACCGAUAAAACAGUUCGGUUUGGUGUCACAAUCGAAAGCAAGCAACCAAGCAAUGAGAGCAAUCAAGGUGUUCCUGUCAAGGUUGAUGAGGAGAAUGAUGAGCUUCCUCAUGCUCCAUUCUUUGCUUGGCCUAAUCAAGCAUAUGAUGGGCAGUUUGAGGAUGAUGAGCCUGUGGGCAAUGAUGAUGAAGAGGAGGCUGCCAACCAUCAUGAAACUGAGCCGGAGGUAGCUGCUGCAAGGGUUCCAUUGGGAACACUUGAUGUUGAUAAUUCUUAUGAUGAACAAUAUGUGCCCGGUAAUGCUGAUGGUUUAACUACUAACACUGUGGUUCCCACUCAUAUCCAUGAUAAAGAGUGUCCUCAAAUUGUUGUGGGCGCCACAUUUCCUAACUCCAAAGAUUUUAAGCUAGCAUUGAGAAAAAUAGCAAUUAUAGGAGAGGGGUCUUUUAACACAGAAUGGAGUGACACAAAGAAAUUUCGUGCUUCCUGUUCUGAUAUUGAAUGUCCAUGGAAAAUACAUGCCUCCAAGCAAUUAGAGGAGAGUGGUCUCUAACACAGAAUGGAGUGACACGAAGAGAUUUCGUGCUUCCUGUUCUGAUAUUGAAUGUUCAUGGAAAAUACAUGCCUCCAAGCUAAAGGAUUGUAAUACUUUCAUGGUAAAGAGACUUCCAUUUGCACAUACUUGUGGAACUUCCAACAAUUGUGACAAGAAAGUGAAAGGUAAAGAGAAAGGAAGAAUGACAAAUAAGGAUUGGAUUGCUGCAUAAGCCAAAGAGAUGUCACACUUAGUGCAAAGUCUCUUAGGGAACAGUUGCAAAAGAAAUAUAAUCUGAAACUGCAGUAUGCCAAUGUGUGGAAAUGGAGAGAUCGUGCAAUAGGGGAAUUGAGUGGUACAUAUAAAGAGCAUUUUCAGCUGUUGUGAAACUUUAAGGCAGAUAUGUUGGCAGCUAACCCAGGAAGUGUAUGUGAAAUAGACAUGAAAGCAGAGGUUAAUAAGAAAGGUGAGACAAUGUACUUCUUCAAUCGGUUGUUUCUUGCUUUCAAGUCAUGCAUUGAUGGGUUUUUGGGAGGUUGUAGACCAUAUUUGGAAGUUGAUUCAACAUUUCUUACUGGGAAAUAUACUGGACAACUGGCUGCUGCUACUGCUGUUGAUGGACAUAGUUGGAUGUUUCCCGUGGCAUUUGGACAUUUUGACAAGGAGAACACAGAAAAUUGGGUCUGGUUCAUGCAACAAUUAAAGUUGUGCAUUGGUGAGCCAGAAGGGCUUGCAAUCCAUACAGAUGCAUGUAAAGGGUUGGAGAAUGCCAUAAAAAAAGUGUACCCGAACUGUGAGCAUAGAGAAUGCAUGGUUCAUCUCAUGCUCAACUUCAAGAAGAAAUUCAAGGGAGCUAUACUUGAUAACAUGUGGCCUGCAGCUUGGACCUAUGAAGUUGAGAAGCAUGAGUCCCUAAUGGAAGAGAUAGAUGUUGCUAGCCCGACAGCAAUAGCCUACUUAAAGGAGUAUCACAACCGUUUGUGGACUAGAAGCAAGUUCUCGCCAAUAUGCAAAGUUGAAUAUGCAAAAGAUGUGGGGCUAUUAGCCAUUUGCAAAAGAUAUGCAAAGAAAAGGAGAUAUCCAGCGAUGCUGAUCGAGAUGCAACUCCUCCACCAAAACGGCAAAAUACGAAGAACACUACAGCGACAACUAUUCCUUCCACACCAACUUCAAGUCCAAUAACAAGGCGAAGAGCAGUAGCCAUGACAAUGGCUUCUUCACCUCCUAGUGCAUCUACAAGGAGCAAAACUGCAGCAGCCAGCCCUCUUAAGCAGUGAAUGGUGUUUGGUUGUAAAGUUGAAUUAGUAUUAUCCUUUUGGUUAAAGUACCAUGUGAUGUGACAAUGUGUUUAGCUACUAUGUGAACCCUUAUUACUACUAAAUUACUACCGUUUGGUGCUGUGUUUGCUGCUGAAA